AUGGCCAUGAGUGAACCGAGGCUGAAUUGGGAUGUUGCCUCAAAAAAUGGCCUUAAGACAUUUUUCUCUCGAGAAAAUUAUAGAGAUCAUUCCAUGGCUCCAAGUUUGAAAGAACUAUGUAAUUUAUCUAACAGACGUAUAGGAGAAAAUUUGAAUGCUUCAGCAAGUUCUGUAGAAAAUGAGCCGGCGGUUAGUUCAGCAACUCAAGCAAAGGAAAAUGUUAAAACCACAGUUGGAAUGGUUCUUCUUCCAAAACCAAGAGUUCCUUAUCCACGUUUCUCUCGUUUCACACAGAGAGAGCAGAGGAGUUAUGUGGACUUGUUGGUUAAAUAUUCAAAACUUUCUGCUAAUUCCAAAGCUAUUGGAAUAAAUAAAAAUGACUACUUGCAGUACUUGGAUAUGAAAAACCACAUAAAUGAAGAAGUUACUGAAUUCCUAAAGUUUUUGCAAAAUUCUGCAAAGAAAUGUGCACAAGAUUAUAAUAUGCUUUCUGAUGAAGCACGUCUCUUCACAGAGCAAGUUUUAAAAGCUUGUAUUGACCAAGUGAAAAAGUAUCCAGAAUUCUAUACUCUUCAUGAAGUCACCAGCUUAAUGGGAUUCUUCCCAUUCAGAACAGAGAUGGGAUUAAAGUUAGAAAAGACUCUUCUUGCACUGGGUAGUGUGAAAUUUGUGAAAACAGUAUUUCCCUCAAUGCCUGCAAAAUUGCAACUCUCAAAAGAUAACACAUCUACCAAUGAAUCGCCAGAACAAAUAGCUGCAGCUAUGCAUUAUGAUAUUAGUAAAGAUCCAAAUGCAGAGAAGCUUGUUUCAAGAUAUCACCCACAUUUAGUUCUAACUAGUCAAUCAUUGUUUGCCUUAUUAAAUAAUCAUGGACCAGACUACAAGGAACAGUGGGAAAUUCCAGUGUGUAUUCAACUAAUACCUGUUGCAGGUUCAAAACCGGUUAAAGUAAUUUAUGUUAAUUCACCACUUCCCCAAAAGAAAAUGACAAUGAGAGAGAGAAAUCAAAUCUUCCAUGAAGUUCCAUUAAAAUUCAUGAUGUCCAAAAAUACAUCUUUUCCAAUCUCUGCAGUAUUUAUGGACAAACCAGAAGAAUGUAUGCCUGAAAUGGAUAUGUCCCAUGAAGUUAAUGACUGCCGAAAAAUUGAAACCCUUGAAAAUUUGGAUCUGGAUUUUGAUGAUGAUGUCACAGAACUUGAAACUUUUGGAGUAACCACCACCAAACCAUCCAAGUCCCCAAGUCCAGCAAGUACUUCCACAGUACCCAACAUGCCAGACGCUCCCAGAGCCCCCAGUGCAGCAACCACACCUGUGGCACCAGCUGCCCCAGAAGACAUUUCUGCUCAUUCUAGAAGUUUAGCUCAGAUUCUAAUGCAACAGUUGCAAAAGGAGAAACAGCUGAUGACUGGUAUGGAUGGUGGCCCUGAAGAGUGUAAAAGUAAAGGGGAUGAGGGAGUUGUACCAUGUGCUGAGAAGGUAUCAGAUAAUUCUGUCCAACCUCUGGUGCAAGAUGGUGACUUGCAAACACCUGAUGCGCUACAGUUAGGAAGUUCUGUGGAAAUGGAAACCUCUAAUAAAAAUGACAUGGCUGUUGAUACAAUGUGUGCUGAUGAAAGACUCAAUAUUCUAGAGAGUACUGACAAUUCAAAGGAAAAGACUGUUACAUCAGAAGCAGAGAAAACGGAAGAUGUAAUUCUUUGUCAAAGUGAUACAGAUGAAGACUGUUUAAUCAUUGAUACAGAGUGUCAAAAGAAUAGUACAGGAAAGACAGCUGAUGUGGGUUCUAACUUAAAUGCUAAACCAGCCAGCCCAAAUUCUUCCUCAGGACAGGCUUCUAUAGGAAACCAGACUAAUACUACUUGUAGUCCUGAGGAGUCCUGUGUUUUAAAAAAACCUAUCAAACGGGUAUAUAAAAAAUUUGACCCAGUUGGGGAAAUUUUAAAAAUGCAAGAUGAACUCUUAAAGCCAGUUUCCCGAAAGAUGCCUGAAUUGCCUUUAAUGAAUACAGAAAAUUCUAAACAACCUCCUGUUUCCGAGCAGCCCUCUGCUCCUUCAGAUGCCACUACUUGGCCCAAAACUGCAUGGACCUCUGCAUUUCAGAAGCCAAAAGGACGAUUGCCAUAUGAACUGCAGGACUAUGUUGAAGAUACAUCAGAAUAUGUAGCUCCUCAGGAAGGAAAUUUUGUUUACAAGUUAUUUAGCCUGCAAGACCUGUUGUUACUUGUUCGAUGCAGUGUCCAGAAGAUAGAGACCAGACCACGUUCUAAAAAACGGAAGAAAAUCAGAAGACAAGUCCCAGUUUAUGUUCUUCCAAAAGUGGAGUAUCAAGCUUGUUAUGGAGCUGAAGCUCUGACUGAAAGCGAACUGUGUCGCCUAUGGACUGAAAGUUUAUUGCAUUCCAACAGCUCCUUUUACAUUGGUCAUAUCGAUGCUUUUACUUCAAAGCUUUUCCUGCUAGAAGAAAUUACCUCAGAAGAAUUAAAAGAAAAAAUUUCAGCACUCAAGAUUUCAAGUUUAUUUAAUAUCCUUCAACAUAUUCUAAAGAAAUUAACUAGCUUGCAGGAGGGUUCCUACUUGUUGUCCCAUGCAGCAGAAGAUUCUUCACUCCUAAUCUACAAGACCUCUGACGGAAAACUUACUAGGACAGCAUACAAUUUGCAUAAAACACAUUGCAGCCUUCCUGCUGUACCUUCCAGUCUCUCAGUUCCCUGGGUCCCAUUAGAUCCCAAUCUGUUGUUACCAUAUCAUAUCCAUCAUGGAAGAAUACCUUGUACUUUUCCACCUAAGUCACUGGGUCCCACAACACAACAAAAGAUUAGUGGAACAAGAAUGCCUACACACAGCCGCAGGAAUCCAGUUUCCACGGAAACCAAAAGCCUGCCUGCUCAGCAAGUUGAAAAUGAAGGAGUGGCUCCAAAUAAAAGAAAAUAA